UUGAGUGACUUUAUUGUUACAAAAUUAAGUUGAAUGACUUUUUAAAAGAAAAUUCAAAAGUUAAGUGACUUUAUUGAUACAAACUUAAGUGACUUUAUGAUAAUACUCGCUCCAUCUCAAAAUAAGUGUCACCUUAGCAAAAAAAAGUUGUCCAAAAUAAGUGUCACUUUAGAAAUUCAAGACAAAAAUUGACACAUGUUUCCAACUACGCCCUUAGCAUUAAAGAAAUAGUCCUCUUUAAUAUUGCUUAAUUCUCAAAAAAUAUUUAAUAAAUAGGGAUAGUUUAGUAAACUUCACAUUGUCUAUAUUAAUUUCUUAAUGGACGUGGUUUUAGUUACGGUAAUACUUCUUUUGGGACGGAAGGUGUAUAUUUUAGCUACGAUCUUAAGAAAGCAUAUUUACUCUGCGCCUUUGGUUUUCCAGAAAAAAUUGCUGUUGUGAGAUUAUCAUGAUUUCAUUUUAAUCUUUUUUUCCACGUUUUGACACACAAGAUUGCAUUGCCUUUAAUAGUUAAUUUAAUUAUUUCGGCUCUUUCUAAGAACUUAUUUAUAACUAUUUACCCUUUCUGAUUAUGACAUUAAAUUAAUUAAACACCUUUUAGAUUUCUUCUACCCUUCUAGCUCCUUAAAUAAACGCACAAAAAUAGUUUUAUUGUCCACAUCAUAUUGGAGCUGAGCAAGAAUGGCAGCCUUCUCUUCUGUCAAAACUAAAUUGCUACAUUCAUGUUGUUUAAUUGCAAUUCUCUUACUUUUGCAAUUGAAUAUGUUAAGAGCACAAAAGGUGACAGCCAUGUAUGUGUUUGGUGACUCUCUAGUAGAUGUGGGGAACAACAAUUACUUUGAGACUAUAUUCAGGGCAAAUUUUCCUUUCAAUGGAAUUGAUUUUGCUGGUGGCAAACCAACAGGAAGAUUCAGCAAUGGGAAAAAUGCUGCUGAUUUUUUUGCUGAAAAUGUUGGUUUACCAACACCUCUGCCGUAUCUUUCCAACAAGAAUGACCUCUUUCUGAAAGGUGUAAGCUUUGCCUCGGGAGGAGCUGGAAUUUUAAGUAGCACCAAUGACCAUCCUCUUAAUGGCACAAUAUACCUCUCAAAACAAGUUGAGUACUUCACCGAAGUGCAACAAAGGUUGAUUAAAAAGAUAGGAGAAAGUGCAGCAAAAAGGCACAUGUCAAGUUCUCUAUUUGCUAUUGUUAUUGGAAGCAAUGACCUUUUCAAAAUACCUAUCACCAAAUCACCACAAGAGUACAUCGAUUUAAUGCUAUCCACCUUUGCGGACCAGCUAAAGAAAUUACAAGGUCUAGGUGCACAUAAAUUUGUGAUUGUUGGGAUAGGACCAAUUGGGUGCAUUCCGGAGCAAAGAAUUUUGAACCCAACUGAUAAUUGUAACGAUAAGGCAAACUAUUGGGCGAGGAUUUAUAAUAAAGGCUUACAAUCAAUGUUGCAAAAAUUGAAGUCACAGCUAAAGGAAGAUUUCAACUACUCCUACUUUGACGUCUACAGUUUCUUGGGUGAUCUCAUCCAAAAUCCAACAAAAUACGGUUUUCGUGAGGUUAAAGCUGCUUGUUGUGGGAUGGGGAGAUUAUAUGCAGACGUUCCUUGCAUUCCUAUUUCAAAAUAUUGUCCCAACAGGAGUGAUCACCUUUUCUGGGAUAAAGUUCAUCCUACGGAAGCAGCAUCCAAAAUUCUUGUUAAUACUCUUUUCAAUGAUACAAAACAAUAUGUAACCUCGAUGAAUUUAACCAAGCUACUUGCUUUGUAGAAUCAGUCAAUUAUCUACAGCACAUGGUACUUUCCUAGUGUAGCCUAUCCAAAAAAAUAUUUUAAUAACAUAAAUAAGAAUUUGUUUUCAUGGGACUGUAUACUUGAUAUCAGUGUGUUCUAUCAUCUCAACAAAUAGUCUGUUUGACUAAGCUUCCGAAAUUUGUUUGUUU